CCGCAGUUUACAGACACCCAAAUCUCGCGUCAAAUGAACUCGGAAUCCCAUGAUGCAUUGCGCGGUCCGAGGACACGCGGAUCCCCCCUCGCUCUCUGCUUUAAGGUCUUCUACAGACAGGACGGUCAAUUCUAUGAACUUAUGGCUCAUAUAACUACAGAAAACACUUUUGACUGGAUCAAACCUCUUGAAUUUGAAUGUGCUGGAUUAAUGGUGGUCCUACUCUAGUUGGAGGCUCUGUGGUCAAACGUCUCAGGGAGGAGGAGGAGGAGGAGGAGGAGAUGCAUCGUGUUCUGUCCCAGGGUGUAUUGCGGCAGAUGGCCUACGUGCGGUCCGUGGUCGUGGGCCUGUCAGCGUGUGAGGCACGCCUGGCCGCGUCGGUGUGUGUUGUAGGCCGCCUGACCCCCGGGCGCGGCCAGCGCUGGGUCAGUACCUCAGCUUUUAACAGGGCAGUAGAACGGCCCAAGCUCCAACCAGACGACCAGGACCAGAACCCACCCAGCCAUCCCCCCAGCCUGGCUGGAACAGAGCCCGUCUAUGGGGCAGACUCCUCCAAGCUGCCUGUGGAGGCCCCAGAGAUAGACCCUCUGCAGGACAAGUCCAUUGGUCUGGUCCAGAGGUUCAAGAAGACCUUUAAGCAGUACGGGAAGGUGAUGAUACCUGUCCAUCUCCUGACUUCCAGCGUCUGGUUCGGAACCUUCUACUACGCUGCUAUGCAGGGAGUGAAUGUGGUGCCUUUUCUGGAGUUCAUUGGUUUACCAGAGAAGGUGGUUGGUCUGCUGAAUCACUCCUCUGGUGGCUAUGCCCUCACUGCCUAUGCCAUGUACAAGAUUGCAACACCUGCCAGAUACACGGUGACUCUGGGUGGGACGUCCUUCUCAGUGCAGUACCUCCGUAAACACGGCUACUUCUCUACCCCUCCGCCCGUCAAAGACUACCUGCAGGACCGGAUGGAAGAGACCAGGGAGAAACUCACAGAGAAAAUGGAGGAAACUAAAGAACUACUCUCGGGGAAAAUGGAAGAUACGAAAGAACGAUUGUCUGGUAUUUCCGACAAAAUGGAGGAGACGAAAGAACGUUUCUCUGGAAAGAUGGAGGAGACCAAAGAACGUUUCUCUGGAAAGAUGGAGGAGACCAAAGAACGUUUCUCUGGAAAGAUGGAGGAGACGAAGGAACGUUUCUCUGGAAAAAUGGAGGAGACCAAAGAACGUUUCUCUGGAAAAAUGGAGGAGACGAAAGACAUGUUCUCUGAUAAACUACAGGAAACCAAAGACAAAGUGUCUUACCGAAAGAAGCUAGAUUAGUCUUGUUUUACAAGUGGUUGUGAAUAAACGCGUGUUUUUUUUGAUGUCUUCAAUGUGGUUGGGGGUCAAAGACAGAAUUAAGGCAUGUAUUAUGAACCUAUUGUUGAGAGAUGAAUGAGUCUAGACAUUACAUGGUACUUCUGCCAUCUUGACUGCCCCAGCUAGUACCAUUUAUACCUGCUAUAAGGAGGAGGCGGGUGGGAUUUCUCAGUUCUAUUACGAUACACUGAGGAGUAUUAUGAAUUCUGGGUAUGCAAAAUAAAAUUACUUUUUAAUUCAACAUCGUCCAUCAAAGCUGUAACUGCUUGUGUCUUUUUUUUAAAUGACGUUUUUCUAAUGUCUUUUUAUCCAAUACCCAAAGUUUUUAAUAUAUUGUAGUAUUUUUGUGUUCCUACUACCUAAUGUGUAAUCAACUGAAAAUUGUGCAUAUAAUAGGAAGUGUGAUUUACAGACGUCGUUUUUGAUUGGUUCUUUAAAGGGAUACUUCUGGAUGUUGGCAAUGAGGUCGUUUAUCUAGUUUCCCAGAGUCAGGUGAACUCACGGCCAACAUCCAGAAGUAUCCUUUUACGUUGCUCUGUGGAUAUUGCAGAAUCAUAAAGCCAAAAUGCAAUAAAAUGAAAACCACAGUCUAAACAGAAAGGGUGUUGGGUUCUGCAGUACCAGUUAAUGGACUUCACUGUCUGGUAUGAUCACAAUUUGCAAUAAAGCAGAAUAUUGAGCUUCUAAACAUC